AUGGACUUCAAGCGGGAAAAGGUCCGGUUCUUGGGAUGUGUCACGUCCUUCUCCCCGGCCUCCGCUUCGCUGGCGCUCGGUCACUUGUACCCCAAAGGUAGCAACGUCGUCGUGUCGGUCAACCUCGAGCUGGUGAUUGAGACGCUCCAACCAGGGCUGACACGCAUCGGUGAGUGGGUGAACGUUAUUGGGUACGUGCUGGCGAAGCCCAGGUCCUCGGCCCCCGGCUCCGGGGAUCGGGAUGGGUCUUCUGCCCACGUUCAAGCACUGGUCAUCUGGCCGACAGGACCUUUGGAUAUCCAGCACUACGAGAAAAGCUUCGAGGCGGGGCCGUGA